AUGGCUAGCACACGCGUCCUCCUGGUUUCGCUCCUUAUCGUAUUGGUCUCUGCGCAGUUCGCUAGCGGGCAAAUUCGUAGGAACGCGUGCCUGCCCAAGGACAAGUGCCCGGACAGAAAGAGCAAGCUCUGCGGCCUCUACGCCACAUGCAAGACCCUCGUUAGCAUUAUCCCCGAUGCCAUUAACUGCGACGACUGCGCUGCUUACGACCUGAAGAAGAUGCCUGCUAGCACCUGCAACUUCACAACCGGUCGCUGCCUCGCCAACAAGAUUGCCGGCAAGGCGUGCACUGCGAAGCUGUUCAACACGGUGUGCGACAAGAAGGAGCCCGCGUUCACCUGCCUCAAGGUCGAGAACGUGCCCGUCACCAAGAAGUCCCCCCAGGCUUACCGCUGCUGCAGGAGGACUUGCCCUGUUGGCCUCUGCGGGAGGGGCAUGAAGCCGCUGUCGUGGAAGAACGAGUGCAAUGUUGUGCUCGACUGCCCCACUGCAUGCGCUCCUCGUGCUGCUAACGCUGUCGCGAUUUGGUAUUUGUAA